GCGGGCGGUCCUGUCGCGCGCGGCCAAGAUGGCGGCUGCCGCGCUGGGGCGGCUUGGUGCGGCGUGGAUGCGGACUUGGAGGGAGAAGCUGGCCGCGGGCUUCUCUGCUCUUGGCCCGGCACCCCUGGCACACGUCCACGCGAGCGCAGCUCUGGGUGUUUCUAAGCGCUGGGAGAAGAAGAACAAGAUCGUCUACCCGCCACAGCUGCCGGGCGAGCCCCGCAGACCGGCGGAAAUCUACCACUGUCGAAGACAGAUAAAAUACAGCCGAGACAAAAUGUGGUACUUGGCAAAACUGAUUCGAGGAAUGUCCAUUGAUCAGGCUUUGGCCCAGCUGGAAUUCAGUGACAAGAAGGGUGCUCAGAUCAUUAAGGAGAUACUCUUGGAAGCCCAGGAGAUGGCAGUGAGAGACCAUAAUGUGGAGUUCCGAUCUAAUUUAUACAUAGCUGAGUCCACCUCUGGGCGCGGGCAGUACCUCAAGCGUAUCCGAUACCAUGGCCGUGGUCGCUUUGGGAUCAUGGAGAAGGUUUAUUGCCAUUAUUUUGUGAAGUUGGUUGAGGGACCUCCACCGCCUCCAGAGCCACCGAAGACAGCGGUUGCCCAUGCCAGAGAGUAUGUCCAGGAACUGCGGAAUCGGACCAUCAUCCACACCCUGUGAUGAACGGACAGAUAGGCGGGGUCAGACUCCCCACACUCCUAUCAACAUUUCUCUCCUAAGUGUAGCAGAAGUGAGAGACAGAGUGCCCUGGAAUGACUGAAAUACCUGCACAGCUGCUGGUCUAAUUGCAACGUAACCAGGCUUUGCCGAGCUCUAGGUCUUUCUCUGUCCACAGCUGGAGAGUCAGCCUUGGUCCCCGUUGAGGCAUUCUGGAGGUGUGGCCUUGGUAGCUGGUGGCACAAAAGUGGCCCUAGAGGACUGAACUUAGUGCACAUGAUUUGGGGGUGUGUAUGAAGAGCUGGGUGUAGCACCAGGCAAUUUGGGCCUUUUCUAAAAGUCUGGUCACUUCCUUGACACUGGGCAGAGGCCUAUGAGUGAAUAUGGGAAUUUAUGAGACAAGCUCAUUGAUGGCUCCAAAUCUUUAAACUCACAAAGGUCUUUUUUCCAAUUUAUUUUUCAUUUAUUUUCUGACCCUUCCUAGUGGUGCUUUGGGGUUUAUGCCUAUCUCUGUACUCAGGGAUCACUCCUGGCUGGGUUUGGGGGAUCCUAUAUGGUGUCAGCAUUCAAACUGGAAUUAACUACAUGUAAGGCAAGGCCUUUCCAGCUGUUCUCUCUCCAGAAGACCCUGAAAGUUCUCAAUAAACUUGUUGCUAAAUAAACAUGGUUCCUUCCUGUCUCCUUCCA